AUGGCCUUAAACAGGCUUCUCAUUAAUGAUGAUAUCCUUUUGGAAAACAACAAUAUAGGCUCAUUGCACGAAACCAAGAGGAUUGUCAUAAGGAGCUAUAUUGAUAUAGUUUUGGAUAGAUUCUCCGCGAAAGAUAGUAAACCAGGAAACACACAUGUUGCUAAAGGAGACAAGUUUUGUAUCAAACAGCGCCCCACUACGGAUCUUGAAAAGGAAGAGUUGUAUAAGGUUCCAUAUUCUUCAGCUGCGGGAAGUCUUAUGUAUGUUCAAGUUUGCACCCGUCCUGACUUAGCAUUCAUCGUAGGAGUUUUUGGCAUAUAUUUAAGCAACUCUGGUAUGCAACACUGGAUAGUAGUAAAGCGUGUAAUGCGCUCCCUGAAGAGAACUAGAGACUCCGUGCUCACUAAUCGAAAGUCAGAUAACUUGGAGAUCAUUUGGUAUUCUGACUCAGAUUUUGCAGGAUGCCCGAAUAGCAGACGUUCCACAUCUGGUUACAUCUUUCUCUUGGAUGGAGGAGCCGUCUCCUGA